UCUCACUUCCUCUCUUCUCAGAGGACGGACGCUCGCUAGCUUGUCUGCAGCGUUCUCCCUUGCAGUUGUUGCCCAGUCUACUGGCAAGACCCUCAGGAGAAGCUCCCACACCCUGACAUGGGCUCCUGCGGAAGGGUCCUGCACCCCCUGUCCCUCCUGGUGCGGGCUGUGGUGCUGGCCAAGGCCCUGGCCCUGGGCACGCUGCCUGACUUCCUGCCCUGUGAGCUCCAGGCCUGCGGCGUGCUGAACUGCAACUGGCUCUUCCUGAAGUCCGUGCCCCGCUUCUCUGCAGCAGCACCGCGUGGCAACGUCACCAGCCUUUCCCUGCUGUCCAACCGCAUCCACCACCUCCACAACUCUGAUUUCCUCCACCUGCCCAACCUGCGGCGCCUCAACCUGAAGUGGAACUGCCCGCCCACCGGCCUCAGCCCCAUGCACUUCCCCUGCCACAUGACCAUCGAGCCCAGGACCUUCCUGGCCAUGCCUACCCUGGAGGACCUGAACCUGAGCUACAAUGGCAUCACCACGGUGCCUGCCCUGCCCAGCUCCCUUGUGAACCUGACCCUGAGCCACACCAACAUCCUGGUGCUGGACUCCACCAGCCUCACUGGCCUGCAUGCCCUGCGCACCCUCUUCAUGGACGGCAAUUGCUACUACAAGAACCCGUGCAGUCGGGCUCUGGAGGUAGCCCCUGGUGCCCUCCUGGGGCUGAGCAACCUCACCCACCUGUCCCUCAAGUACAACAAUCUCACGACGGUGCCCCGAGACCUACCGCCCAGUCUUGAGUACCUGCUGCUGUCCUACAACCACAUUUUUAAACUGGAGCCUGGGGACCUGGCCAACCUGACUGCCCUGCGCGUGCUCGACGUGGGUGGAAACUGCCGCCGCUGCGACCACGCCCGCAACCCUUGUGUGGAGUGCCGUAACAAAACCCUCCAGCUGCACCCCGACACCUUCAGCCACCUCAGCCACCUGGAAGGCCUGGUGUUGAAGGACAGUUCUCUUCACACUCUGGAACCCAGAUGGUUCCGAGGCCUAGAGAACCUCACGGUGCUAGACCUGAGCGAGAACUUCCUCUAUGACUGCAUCACCAAAACCCGGGCCUUCCAGGGCCUGGCACGGCUGCGCAAGCUCAACCUGUCCUUCAAUUACUGCAAAAGAGUGUCCUUUGCCCACCGGCAUCUGGCACCCUCCUUUGGGAACCUGGCCUCCCUGCAGGAGCUAAACCUGAAUGGCAUCUUCUUCCGGUCCCUCAGUGAGAACACACUCAAGCCGCUGGUCCGCCUGCCCCUGCUCCAGACCUUGAAUCUGCAGAUGAAUUUUAUCAACCAGGCUCAGCUCAGCAUCUUUGGGGCUUUCCCUAACCUUAGCUUUGUGGACCUGUCAGACAACCGCAUCAGUGGAGCUCCAACCCUGGUGAAGGCCCUUGGGGAAACAGGUGAUGAGAACCGGGUCUGGCUGGCGCCUGAGGACCUUGCUCCAGCCCCGCUGGGCAAGCCCAAGUCUGAAGACUUCAUGCCCCGCUGCAAGGGCAAAUUCACCUUGGACCUGUCUGGGAACAACCUGGUAAAAGUGCAGUCAGAGAUGUUCACCAACCUCUCCCGCCUCCGGUGUCUGAUCCUGAGCCACAACUGCAUUUCACAGGCCGUCAAUGGCUCCCAGUUCCAGCCACUGAUCAGUCUGCAGGUGUUGGACCUGUCCCAUAACAAACUGGACCUGUAUCAUGGGCUCUCAUUCACAGAGCUCCCACAGUUAAGGGCCCUGGACCUCAGUUACAACAGCCAGCCCUUUGGCAUGCAGGGCAUAGGCCACAACCUCAGCUUUGUGUCCCGGCUGCAAAAACUGCAGUACCUCAGCCUGGCCCACAAUGGCAUCAACAGCCGCGUGAACCCGCAGCUCUGCAGCAGCUCCCUGCAGGCCCUGGACUUCAGUGGCAAUACUGUGAGCAGCAUGUGGGCAGAAGGAGACCUCUACCUCCACUUCUUCCAAGGCCUGAAAAGCCUGCUCAGGCUGGACCUGUCCCAGAACAGCCUGCACACCCUCCUGCCCCGCAACCUGGACAGCCUCCCCAAAAACCUGACACAGCUGUACCUCCGUAACAAUUACCUGGCCUUCUUCAACUGGAGCAGCCUGGUGCUCCUACCCAAGCUGAUCACCCUGGACUUGGCAGGAAACCAGCUGAAGGCGCUGACCAAUGGCACCUUGCCCAAUGGAACACACCUGCGGCAUCUGGACGUCAGUGGCAACAGCAUCACCUUUGUGGCCCCAGGCUUCUUCGCACUGGCUACUGAGCUGCGGGAGCUCAACCUGAGUAAGAACAGUCUCAGGACAAUUGAGUCCUCCUGGUUUGGGACCCUGGCAGGCAGCCUGAACGUCCUAGACGUGAGUGCCAACCCCCUCCACUGUACCUGCGGGGCGGCUUUCGUGGACUUCCUGCUGGAGGUGCAGCACGCUGUGCCCGGCCUGCCCAACCGCGUGAAGUGCGGCAGCCCCAGACAGCUGCAGGGCCGCAGCAUCUUCGCACAGGACCUGCGGCUCUGUCUGGACGAGGCCCUCUCCUGGGAUUGCUUUGGCCUCUCACUCCUGGUGGUGGCUCUGGGCCUGGUGGUGCCGCUGCUGCAGCACCUCUGCGGCUGGGACCUCUGGUACUGCUUCCACCUGGGCCUCACCUGGCUACCCUGGCGGGGCCCACGUGGUGCCCAACCCCUGCCCUAUGAUGCCUUCGUGGUCUUCGACAAGGCACAGGGCGCAGUGGCCGACUGGGUGUACCACGAGCUGCGGGUGCAGCUGGAGGAGCGCCGUGGGCGCCGGGCGCUGCACCUGUGCCUGGAGGAGCGGGACUGGGUACCUGGUAAGACGCUCUUUGAGAACCUGUGGGCCUCCAUCUAUGGCAGCCGCAAGACUCUCUUUGUGCUGGCCCACACUGACCGGGUCAGUGGCCUCCUGCGCACCAGCUUCCUGCUCGCCCAGCAGCGCCUGCUGGAGGACCGCAAGGACGUCGUGGUGCUGGUGAUCCUCAGCCCCGAUGCCCACCGCUCCCGCUAUGUGCGGCUGCGCCAGCGCCUCUGCCACCGGAGUGUCCUCUUCUGGCCCCAGCAGCCCAGGGGUCAGGGCAGCUUCUGGGCCCAGCUGGGCAUAGCCCUGACCAGGGACAACCGCCACUUCUAUAACCGGAACUUCUGCAGGGGACCUGCAGCCGAAUAGCCCACUGGCCAUCGGGGGCGGCUGCUCUCCGUCCUGCCUCACUGCCGGCCCCACAGCUCCUCUGCCUGCUCCCCCCGCGCAGCCAGCAUCAGCACAUGUUCAAUAAAUACUGCAAACCUGCUGGUCCUGA